UUGGUUUUUGAUUUCUAACGUAUUUGUUCCAUUCUAUUAUGGAACUAAAUAUUGCUUUUCUUAAUUUACCAAAAACUACAACAUUUCAACUAAAACAAAUGGGUUAUAAUAAUGUCAGUGAUAUCGAACCAAACUUAAUUAAAGAAAAGUUUGAUGUGGAAACCAAUUUAUGUGUACCAGAAACCAAAUCUGCACUUGAAAUUUAUAAUGAAGAACUUUUAAAUGGAUGUAUUCUAAGUUAUAACGAAAAGUUAGAUUCUGUCUUGUUGGAUGCUAUUAUACCCAAAAAAAUAACAGAGUUAGCUGGAGAAUCAGGUUCUGGAAAAACACAAGUCUGCUUUCAUCUGUGCAUCUCAGUUCAAUUACCAAAGUGGUGUGGAGGUAUGGAAGGUGAAGCGAUAUAUAUAGAUACAAAUAGUAACUUUGCAUCUCACAGAGUAACAGAGUUAGCAGAAGAUUUGAUAAAGAAAUAUAAUUCUAUAAAAUCAUCAGUAGAUGUUCCUUAUGUCGAGUUUGAUAAAACUUCUAUUCUGCAACACAUUUAUUACAUUAAGAUCUGCGAUGUUGUAGAAUUACUGGCAUGUAUUAAACAGUUAGAAAAUUAUCUGUCAGGCAAACAAGUUCGUCUAAUUGUUAUCGAUAGUUUUGCAUUUAUUAUGAGAAUGGUAGAUUUAAAAGAUAGGAAAACAUUAAUAAGUAAGAUACUUUGCGAUCUCCGCAGUUUAAGUAGAAUACACAACUUGAUUGUAGUUAUAACCAAUGACUUUACCACACGGGUAAAUAAAGGAGAGUCUUACAUCACCCCUUCCCUAGGGGAUAGUUUUUAUCAUUUAAUAAAUACAAGAAUAUUGUUGUCUAAGAAAGACAGCUUAUUUCAGGCGAAAUUGGAGAAAAAUAUUAUUCACGGCCAAAAAGAGACAUCUUUUUAUUUAUAGAAUUUACAUUUUAAACUUUUGUAAUACAAUUUUUAUUAAAAACGCAUUCUUAUUGAAUCCUGCAUCAUUGUGUUUCGUAGAGCAUUACAAAUCUUCCUUGUAACCAUCAGAAUUAUUCUGACACAAUAUAAUUUGAUACAAAAAUGACUAAGCUACAUCACAAUUAACACUUAAGAUUAGGCCUUAUUCCAUUUAAAUAAAAAAAGAAAGAAUAAUAUUAACAAAAUUGAUAGAUUUUUGUACAUAUACAUUAAAAGAAUGUAAUAGAAAUCAUGUAAGUAUUUGAGAGCAUUUCGACAAAUAGGUAUUCAUUUUAGCCUUUGUGAACACACAGCAUAGGUACAAAAAAGGUAUAAAUAAAUUGUAUCUCUAAAUGUGUCAAAGUUCUACAACUACUACUACACACUGUUCCUUCACUUCUGAUAAGCCACAUUUAAAUAUUUGCAAAAAGCAUAAGCUCGAGUGAAAAUGAUUGGAAAACUAUGAAAUAUUUGAUAUUUGCCAAAAUGCACUCUAUGCAAUAACUACACUAUUAACGAUAAAGAAUAUAAAGAUUGUUUUUGGUGUGUAAAUGUAAGUAAAAAUGGAAGGCAAAUGUGCAGUCUUAGUAAUUAACAUUAAAUACAAUUGUUUUGAAUCUUAUGGCCCAUUUGCUGUUAACCACAAUUAGGAGAAAGCCUAAGAGAUAAACAUCAGAUUAUAGAGUGUAACAUCCUUACAUAAAAAGGUCAAAAAAUUGAUUGUCCAAAUAUUUUUUUUUGGAGACAUUGAAAACAACACUUAGUAUUAGUUCAUAAGAACUACAUUUUAUUAAUAGCUGGACAAACAACACGAUUUAAGCAGUCGGAAUUGUGUAAACAUGUAGAUAUAAAUCCAUUUAAUAUUUUAAAAUAUUGGUACCUAAUUAUAUCUUUUUUUUGCUACACUAUAAUUUACAAUUAUGUUAUGCAACCAUUGUUUUUUUAAAUGAACUAUUCACAUUCACAUACUGCCAGUUUGCCAUUCAAAGGGUCAUUUUUAUCCAGGAAAAGUUAUAAAUUAUAGUGCAACAAAGAAAAUAAUUAUAAAGUAUACUAGGUACUUAAAAAUCACAAAUCUUUUAAAACUAAUGAAAAUAUCACAAUUCACAUGUUGGGAUGCUUGUACUUUCAUUACAUAAACACUAAAUAUUAUUGAAAUUGUCCAAGACAAUUGCACAUAAUAAGAGAAUAUAUAAAAUGUUUAAAUAUAUUUGUCAACUAACGACCGGAUGUAGUCUAUAUUGAUUCCCCAAAGUAUUCAAAUUGUGAUAUGUACAAUAAAUGUAAUAUCGAUGCACAGCAAAACCCAUUUGAGAUAGCUUACCACUAUAAAUUGUCUUUAAUAUUUGUUAUUAAAUCAAAAAAGUUUUCAUGAUGGACAUUUAUAGAUAAACCAUCAUUUCACUUCCAUUCCAUCAUUUCACUUCCAUUCUUAUUGAAUCAGUUGUAACAUUCAUUAAAACCAUUUUCACAAAAAUAACCCUUGAUUGAUCCUUUUUCCCCACAAGGAUUUAUAUCACUAAUUUUUAAAUUUUUUCACGAGUGGCAAAACACUCAAAAAAGCCAAUAAGGAAUCAGGAAAGCUAAGUUAAAAGUAAGAAAUAGGUAUAUCUAAUAACAAAUCUAAAAAUGAAGUAAAAAUGCAUUUGAAUAAAUGUAAGGGCUAGUGCAAGGGUCGGCAACUGGCGAACCGCGG